AACUACCCGGUCCCUUACGGCCGUCCAGCGUAGGCGCAAACCCCGAAGGCCGAACUCCUCGUGCCGACCUUCCGCUUCGGGUUCUGCUCCGGCGCCACAAUCGCGAGUUCGCUGUGCUCGCGCCUUUCUUUGCCAGAGCUACGGUGUUGGCAUCUACCUUUGUUAUAGUCAUCGGUUAUGCGCGCUGCCAUUCUGUGCUGCGUGGACAGCCCUAAAUGGUCGCCCCCAAACUCUACAAACGACCUUUGGCGGACCGCCCUGUUGCGGGAGGAGGACAAGUUCACGCUCUUCAGCGAGGGCGCAGAGGGGGAAGGGUCGGAGGGGACCGGCAUAGUACGGUACGGUAGCCUCGCGGCUGUACGGCUGCCGUGGAUCGCCCGGCUGCAGCAGCUACUGCCGCAGUACCUGUCGGCGGGCGUGCGGCUGGUGGGCUGCUGCUUCGGACACCAGCUGCUGUCGCAGGCCCUGGGCGGCCGCGUGGGCAAGAACCCCUCCGGCCGCUUCGUACUGGGUCUGGAGCGGAUACACGUGGACGAGGCGGCGGCGCGGGCGGUGGGACUGGACUUCCGUGCAGCGCUGGAGCAGGCGACACAGGAUCGACAACAGCAGGAAGGGGGGCAGCAGGAAGGGGGGCAGCAGGCGGAGGCAGCCGCGUUUAGCGCCGACAAGCAGGAGCAGCGGGAGCGGCACGAGCAGGGGGGGCAGCAACAGCUGGAGCAGCGAGAACGGCGGCGGGAGCAGCAGGGUUCUGGACUGGAUCUGCGACUACUUGAGAGUCACGGCGACCAAGUCUUGGAGCUGCCGCCGGGGGCGCAGCUGCUGGCGUGGUCGGACACGGCGGCGCAUGAGAUGUGGGCGCUGCCCGGCGGCGCCGCCCUGGCCUUCCAGUUCCACCCGGAGCUGACCCCCGGCCUGGUGUACGACAAGAUCUGGGGCACGCUGGCCUGCAACGGCCGGCUGGAUGCCGCGGAGGCGGCGGAGGCGGAGGCGCAGUUGCAGCGCGGGCCGGCCGGCGUGGACUCGGCGGCCUUCCUGCGGGCGCUGGAUGCGUUCCUGCGGUCGCCCCUUCCUGCUGCAGCCGCGGGAGUGGCAGGAACGGCUGCGGCCGCAGCGGCGGCGUCUGCAGCGGCUGAAGCUGCGGUGGCGUCUGCGGCGGUGGGGGUGAACGCCGUGGCGGGCGUGCGGGCGGCGCUGGAGGAGCGGUUGGCGGACGCCGCCGAGUGCGUGCGAGGGCAUGCGCGUGCCGCGGCAGCUGCAGGCCUGGCCGCAAGUACGGCAUCCCCGGAGCUGCUGACCUCACUCAACAGGGAAGCGGCAGCGGCGUACGGCGGGGCGGCGGACGCGGCGGAGGCGGCGGCGGCCGGCACGCGCGUGGCGGCGGCCACCCAGCAGCAGCCGCUGCAGGCCGCUCUGGCCAGUCUGACCUCUCUGGAGCAGCAGCUGGACCGGCUGGCGGCGGUGGUGGGGGCGCUGGAGUCGGAGGCGGAGGCGGUGGAAGAGGAGGUGGCGGCGGCGCAGGCGGCGGGGCAGCAGCAGCAGCUGCAGCAGCAAAAGCAGGGGGCAGGUGCGGGCGUGGUGGGGGGCGUGCGUGCGUAAGACGGAAGGAGGCUUUGCGCGGGUGACUUGGGACUUGCUUUGAAUGAGCAUGUCAGUUGAGGGCGCGCGCAUUGUGCGGGAACUCGGGAACAUUUAUCCGAGUCGUCCAUGCUUGAACGCGUGUGUGUGUGAUUACCUGGUAACUAGGGCCUGAUUGACAUUCAUGGCGUGGUAAACACGCACGGAUAGCAUCAUCAAUGUGAGGGGCAUUCCGCGUGCGGCCAUGUCGCGGAUACCUAAUGGUGAGGCGCGGGGGUGGCGUUGUGGCAGGUUGGGGCCGCGGCGGGCUGCCUAGAACCGCGUCGCGCGCGCCGCGCUGGCUAGGAGUAUUUGCGCAAGAUUUUAGCACAAUAUGCACGAUAGUAAAAUUGCUCACCAAGUAUGCUAGUGCGACAAGUGAGUGGCGUUGAGCGAUUGGCCGGCCGGUCGGCUGUUGGGCCAGGGCUAACAAACUUGCAGUUUGGCGCUGGGGCAGUAAAAUAGACGCAAUCGUUGCCACACGAAUGGCGCCUGACACUGAUGGAGACGCUUUGUUGGCGUUACCGCACGAAGUCUUAAAUGAAAUUCUGCGCGGCAAGCGACGGGAAGGAGCAGCUGAAGGUCUUAGCGCUGCAGACCUGAAGACAUUUCGUAGUCUGUGCACUGUAGCGCGACGAGCUGUAAAUGAGGACGUGGAGACGCUGCGCAUUGGCGCUGGUUCAGUGGCAAGCACCGCGCUGCAGCGGCUGCAGCGCGAGUUCUCGCAGCUGAAACGCU